UUGUUGGUGGGUGAAGUACCAAAGCGAAGGUCAGUCGCGCUAUUCAUUGUAGCAACAAACACGGUGGUGGAGAACGCCAACACUUUUCAAAGUGACCAGUUAGCCUUCCAGUUCACUGAGUAAUUUGUGCAACAAGUAGCGCUUUUAAACGUUUAUCACAUGUCACAAUAAGUGCAAUCAAAAUUUGUAUCACAAAGAAUAAAAAAAGUAAAAAAAAAAAAAAAGAAAACUGCAGUGCAUUACUCGAAUAUUGUGACAAAGCGAAAAUGGUAGUAGACUUGGAGAAGCGUACUUAUCUGCUGGUGACGGGAGCAUCUCGCGGCAUUGGCCAACGUAUGGCCGUGGACGUGUCUGCGAAAUUGAAAGCUGGUUCUUUAAUUGUGCUCUUGGCGCGUAGCGAACAGGGUUUGGCACAAACCAAGGCCAGCAUUACGGCGUUGGGCAACGAUUUGAAUGUAAUCACUUUCUCGAUUGACCUAAGCAGCGCCACGGCAACACAGUUCCAGGAAUUACUUGCCAAAUCACUGGACGGCACAAAAGCCAGCAAUUUCGAGCGCGCUUUCAUCAUACACAAUGCCGGUUCUGUGGGUGAUGUAUCGAAAAGCGCCAUAGACGUGUCGGAUACCACGGUCUGGCAGCAGUACUAUCACAUGAAUGUAUUCUCCGUGAUCUCACUGAAUUGUGAAUUUUUCCGUGCAUUCAAUUGUUUGCCCAAAAUUGUGGUAAAUAUCAGCUCAAAAUGUGGCAUUGAACCAUAUGCUUCAAUGAGUUUCUAUUGCUCCGGCAAAGCAGCAAGAAAUAUGUAUUUCCGUGUACUAGCCACGGAGCAAGCUGAUGAAGAUGUGGUGGUUUUGAACUAUGCGCCAGGUGCUAUCGAUACAGAUAUGACAGUAUUAGUACAGCGUGAAAGCAUUAAUAAAGAAUUGGCCGGCUUCUUUAAGAUGCAAAGAGAUACAAAAACAAUGUUGACUACAGAACAAACAACGAAGAAAUUCUUACUGGUGCUAGAGGCGCAAAAAUUCAAAUCGGGUGACCACGUUGACUAUUGGGAUGAGUGAGGAGGGUUCGCAGUUUGAGCGAAGAAGCGUAAUUUAUAUGUUAAUAUAAUACCAAGUGGCACCACCACUCUCCAAGUCUCAAACUUCAAUCUGGAAAUUUUACAAAUAUGAUUAGUAAAUCCUUUAAAACUGUUAUUAUCAAUUUACUUAUGUACGUAAUGAAUAUUAUUAUGGGGAAUAGGCAAUAUAUUUAGCUGAUCCACAAAGUUUUGUAUUGUCCUAUUUUGGAAAGUUUUUUUACACGGUUAAAUAUAUGUAUGUAUGUUUAGAGGAUUCUAAA